AGAGCUCUGAAUUCCUUAUUACUGACAAACAGGAUUCACAUACUUGCACUUUAAGAAGGGAGGAGGGAGCUCUUUUAUGCAAGGGGAAGAAACAUUGCUUAAUUAAACUAUUGAAAAAAUGACUUCAGGAUCACUACCUGGCUGCAGGAAAUAAGAAGAGGUUUUGCCUGGAUUGCACUAUGCAGAGGUUCUGAAAGGCUUGUUACUACAUUGUGCCAGAGACAGCCGAGCAGUCACUUCCUACCCUGACUGUGUAUGUGCUGCACCAGGAAGCUGCCGGCAGCUGCUCAUCUGACAACACAAGCUGCUGCUGCUGCUGUCUUUAUCAGCUCUUUGGGUGACAUGGCUGAAUUGUGAGGGAUGACAUUCUAGCUGCUGCCCAUAUUACCAUGGCUGCAAAGGACGAGCUCUACUCCCAGAUCAUCCCCAGGAAAAACAGACAGCACCGAGCAGGGACCAUUAAGCAUGGAUCAUCUCUGGAAAUCCUGCUCUCCAUGGGAUUCCCAAAAGCAAGGGCACAAAAAGCUUUAGCGUCCACAGGUGGAAGAAGUGUACAAGCUGCAUGCGACUGGUUGUUUUCUCACAUAGAUGACCCAUUUCUAGAUGAUCCCCUGCCUCGGGAAUAUGUAUUAUAUUUGCGACCUACUGGUCCUUUAGCACAAAAGCUUUCGGACUUCUGGCAACAAUCAAAGCAGAUGUGUGGCAAAAACAAAGCACACAACAUAUUUCCCCACAUAACACUUUGCCAGUUUUUUAUGUGUGAAGACAGUAAAGUAGAUGCACUUUGUGAAGCAUUGCAGACCACUGUGUCCCACUGGAAAUCAAAAUUCCCGAAUCCCCUGCCUUUGGAACUGUAUAUUUCUUCCAAUUUCAUUGGCCUGUUUGUUAAAGACGAUUGCGCUGAGAUCUUAAAGAAAUUUGCAGCAGAUUUUGCAGCAGAUGCCUUAGUGAAGACUGAGGUGAGGGUGGAACCUCACAAGAAGCAGUUGCAUGUGACUCUGGCGUACCACUUCCUAGACAGUCACUUGCCCACGCUGGAGAAACUUGCACACAGUAUAGACAUAAACCUUGGCUGUGACUGGGUGGCUACAAUAUUCUCCCGAGACAUUCGGUUUGUCAAUCAUGAGACCCUUCAAGUGUUAUACCCGUAUUCACCACAGAAUGACGAUGAACUAGAGCUGGUUCCUGGAGAUUAUAUUUUUAUGUCCCCAGUAGAACAGACAAGCACUAGUGAAGGCUGGAUUUAUGGAAGUUCACUUGCAACUGGAUGUUCUGGGCUAUUGCCUGAAAACUAUAUCACAAAAGCUGAUGAAUGUGGUACAUGGAUAUUUCACGGAUCAUAUUCACUUCUUAAUAUUCCCCUAUCCGCCACAUGCUCUCUUGGGGACCGAGUGAUGGAGAGAAGACAACUGGAAGAUCCUGGCCUGGGAGAUACAUCAGCACUUACAAUAAUAUGUCAACCUAUGCAGCCUCUGAGAGUAAACAGUCAAACUGAGACCGGUCCCAAGAAGCAGUGUCUCUUUGUCUGUCGCCAUGGCGAAAGGAUGGACGUUGUUUUCGGAAAGUACUGGCUGUCACAAUGCUUUGAUACAAAAGGGAGGUAUGUGCGGACAAACUUGAACAUGCUCCCGACCUUACCCCAGAGAAGUGGGGGCUACAGAGAUUAUGAGAAAGAUGCUCCGAUAACUGUGUUUGGAUGCACUCAAGCAAAGCUUGUUGGUGAAGCUUUGCUGGAAAGUAACUCUACUGUCGACUUUGUCUACUGCUCCCCAUCUCUGCGCUGCGUCCAGACAGCACACAACAUUCUCAAAGGUCUUAAACAAGAGAAUAAAGGAAAAAUCCGUAUAGAACCAGGCUUGUUUGAGUGGACCAAGUGGGUAUCAGGAAACACUCUUCCUUCCUGGAUUUCCCCAACAGAAUUAGCAGCAGCCAACUUAAAUGUUGAUACAACAUACAGACCUCAUAUACCAGUCAGCAAACUAGUGGUUUCUGAAACAUACGAUACAUAUAUGAGCAGGAGCUUCCAGGUUACCAAGGAUAUUCUGAGUGACUGUAAAGGCAAAGGAAAAAAUGUUCUGAUUGUAGCACAUGCCUCUUCGCUGGAAGCAUGCACACGGCAGCUCCAAGGCCUCACACCACAAAACUCGAAGGACUUUGUGCAGGUGGUUCGAAAGAUUCCAUACUUGGGAUUUUGUUGCUGUGAGGAGCUUGGAGAUUCGGGCCUGUGGCAGUUAACCGACCCCCCUAUCCUUCCUCUGACUCAUGGACCAACAGGUGGCUUUAACUGGAGAGAGGCAUUGCUACAAGAAUAAGCAAAACAAAUGGAUGUCCUCUAUAACAGAAAGCAUAUAUAAUCUUACAGAAAUGUUAAAAUAUGUCUCCUCUAGAUGCAGAUACAAGCAAAGGGUUGGAAGUCUUGUCCAAACACAAUACUGUAUUACAUAGGCCUUCUACAACUGCAUGUGUGUGCUUGUGAGGGAUACACAGAAGAUAUUUUUGUUUAAGAUUGGUAUUUAUGAAUAUAAAAUUAUAUGUAAAUUAAACAUAAACAAAUAUAUUCCUGCCAACAUUGUGUGGGAAAUGUUAAGUUAUGCAUGCACUGGCAGCUAUUCCAUAGAAAGGUAACCUCGCCCUAUACUCAGAGUUCAACCUGGCAUGCAGGACAACACAACAGCUUACUAUUCAACAUAUUCAUCGUUACAGCAACUCAUUUUGAUAUUUGGUAUGUUACCAGCUGUACAUGCAAGUGUUAUGAGCAGAAACUUAUUGCAUCUGACAUGAUGAUGUGAUUAUCUUGAAAGGGGUAUGGUUAAAAAAAAAUCCUGAAAGCCCCCGAUGUCUACUCUACACCAAACUGUAAUUGUAGAAAAUGUGGACAUACUAUAGGUACAAUGAUGUUAAUUAUAGAAAACAAAGUACUGCCACAUUUUAUAGAUAAACAGUUAUUUUGUCAUUGUAGUGGGUUUAAUGGCAUUGACAUCAGCAUUGUGCUGGAUUCAUUUUUAGGCACUUUGACUUCCCAAAGUGAAAUGUACCUUUAAAUAUGAAACGAAACCCAUGGAUCGGACUUGUAGAGCCAGACUUUCUAUAGGUUUUGAUUAAGACAAUAUCUUGCAUGGUGUCGAGCACCAACACAUGACAAAGCACAUAGAACUUAAGUAUCAACCAUCUCCCAGUCCAUGAUAAGGAGACACCAUCUUGGAUACAGGUGGCUUACAUUGUAUGGGCCACACAAGAUUUGUAGCAAACAGAUAUUUACUAAAUUAAUACUUAGUAUUUUAGCCAAUGAGUUGUAGAAAAAGAGCAGUUUAGAUCAAUACCAGUCUGUAGAUGGGAUGAGAGCAACACCUACCCUUGCGGUUAGGCCACAGUUACUUUAACCCCCUAAAAUAAAUGUGAUGUGUCUGUAUGACACUGCAGUAGCCAACGGUAAGUUGUUAGCAAUUGUAAGUUGAAGCCAUAGGUGUUAUAUCUAUGUAUGUAUGUAUGUAUUGAUAUAAUGCUAAUCAACAACUCUAGGUAUGGCCAAGGCAGCCUUUGGGUGCUUUCUUCUGGGAUAGAUUCUUCAGGUGCUGUCAUUUUGUAUCCUACAGCCUAUAGGGUGGCAAAGAUACAGAGCUGAUAGCUUCACCCAACCAUGGAUGUGGGCUAAACACAUGGAGGGGUUGUAGGAGGGAAUAAAUGUACUUACCACUCCCAGCAUAGGAGAGAAACCCUCUAUGCCUCAGAUAUUUAUACAAGUCCUGUUUGUUGCAGCGCUCUGUUCUAAUGCUGUUGUUCAAGAAAUUGUAGCAUAAACCAAAUAUUCCAGAUGGCACUCAUUAUGCAAAAAAAAUUUAUGUUUUUACUGAGAUCUUAGCAAAUGAUUCAGGGGUAACCUCCUGUUUCAAAUACUUGUAUGCCAGUGGCCUAGAGGAGGUGCAAUCAAUUCUAAGGUGGGAAGAGAUACCUUAGUAGGCAAAUGAAAGCAUUAUUCAAUAAUAACAUAAAAUGAAUUUAACAUUUGCAAAAAACCCUGGUGAUUUUAAAGAAUUUAAAGUCUUGACACUCUCAUAAACGUUAUCAUCAAGAUGUAUACUGAUGCUUUUUAAUGGAGUGAGGGAUUGUAGCACUGUUCAUGAAACUUCCAAUAUGGGAUCUUUGCAAUUGCCGUAAAUGAAGAUAUGGACUAUAAUAAGAGUGUUUAUAAUAAUAUCAUUAAUGCAUGUAACCUUCAGUGUUGGCUUCUGUUCCACCAUGCAACCCAUUCUAUAACUAGAGGCAGUAUGAGCUUUGUUAUAUAAAGGGGCUGGAACCCAUUCCGAAAAAAAGCAGGCUUGUUGCCCAACUGCCAAAAUGUUUUUGUUUUCUAUUUUUAACUGUGUCCUGAUGAUGUUUAUGUUGAGUAGCCAUUUAAUCAUAUGUUAUAACUGUUUCAUGCUAGGGAGAUAUGUUCUGCUGAAGCCUGGGGAGUCUCACAAUUGUGCUUUGUUAAAUAAUUUAAUGCAGAGUAUUAUGCAAUAUAUUUUUCUUUAAGUAAGUUUAGUAAAUAAAAUCAAUAUUUAAAAA